UAACCACUCUCCUCACUUCCAUCUUCUGACUUGCAAACGCUAAACCCCCAAAUCACCCCAUCUUAUCAUCUUCUCUCUCUCUUUCUCUCGCAUCAAUCAAUGGCAACCAUGGCUUCCACCCUCACCUCCUCCUCCCUCACCGCCAAGCUCCAGAAGUCCUCCCUCCUCGACUCCUCUUUCCAUGGCGCUCCCAUGGUCCGCCUUCAGCCGGCCAAGGCGGCCCCCGCCAACAACGGCGGCCUCUCCGUCUCCAUGUCUGCCAACGGCUUGACCCCCUCCUACGAUUUGAGCGCUUUCAAGUUCGACCCCAUCAAGGAAUCCAUCGUCUCCCGGGAGAUGACCAGGCGCUACAUGACUGACAUGAUCACCUACGCCGACACAGACGUCGUUGUCGUCGGUGCUGGCUCCGCCGGGCUAUCCUGCGCCUACGAACUCAGCAAGAACCCCGACGUUCAGGUGGCCAUCAUCGAGCAGUCCGUCAGCCCCGGCGGAGGUGCAUGGCUCGGUGGCCAGCUCUUCUCUGCCAUGGUUGUGCGCAAACCCGCCCAUCUCUUCCUUAACGAGCUCGGCAUUGACUACGAUGAGCAAGACAACUACGUUGUCAUCAAGCACGCCGCCCUAUUCACCUCCACCAUCAUGAGCAAGCUCCUUGCCCGGCCCAACGUGAAGCUCUUCAACGCUGUGGCUGCAGAGGACUUGAUCAUUAAGGGUGGCAGAGUUGGUGGCGUGGUCACCAACUGGGCCUUGGUCUCAAUGAACCACGACACACAGUCGUGCAUGGACCCCAACGUCAUGGAGGCCAAGGUUGUGGUGAGCUCAUGUGGUCACGACGGACCCAUGGGAGCCACCGGCGUCAAGAGGUUGAGGAGCGUUGGGAUGAUUGAGAGCGUGCCCGGGAUGAAGGCCUUGGACAUGAACGCAGCUGAGGAUGCUAUCGUGAAGCUCACAAGGGAAAUUGUGCCAGGAAUGAUCGUCACCGGCAUGGAAGUUGCUGAGAUUGAUGGAUCCCCAAGAAUGGGACCUACAUUCGGAGCCAUGAUGAUCUCAGGGCAAAAGGCAGCUCACUUGGCAUUAAAGGCACUGGGACUCCCCAACGCUUUGGAUGGAUCAUACGUCGGAGGCAUCCAGCCUGAGCUGAUCCUAGCUGCUGCAGAAUCCGCUGAGAUCGCCGAGGCUUAAUUGUUGCGUUAUAUGUUAAUAAACAAGGAAAAAACCAGUUUCGAGUCGAAAAUAAUAGCGCGGUUGAGGAGUGAGCGAUUUUUUAUGGUAGCUAAGUGAUGGUUAUUGUGGAUAUUUGAUGUGGUUUGGGACCUAUGUGAGUUUUGAUAAUAAUGUGGACGGAUGGAUUAUGUCUCUCUGUGUUGGAUGUUUGGCUCAGGCUCUGUUGGAAAAAUAGAAUUUUACGGGGUAAUUUUCAUGUA